GGGCCAUGAUGGACCACCUGCGUCUCCCCCGCCACCGCCAUGCUGUCAGGCCAGAAACAUAACUGAGGCACCUGCCGCUCUCCACCUGCCUCGUUGAGGGCAGAAUGGCCAAGGAGGGUCCGUUGGCUCAGCUGCAUGAGCUGCCCGGGAGAGAGGCCUGUAGCAGGUCUGGUGUGAACACCGUUCCACACCCCAAGCGCCUGCCAACUCCUUCCCGUGCCUGUGUUUGGAGAAGAGGUGUGGUGGGUAUCCGUCGCCAGGUGUCACUGGGAGUGCUGCUGCGUUGCCACCUCUUUGUCUUCUAUCCAGAGAAGCAGCAAGAGGAAAUCACCCAGAGGAGAAAUGGCCCAGAAUAAACUUUACCCCCCUUUUAAAAUUUUCUACCACGUUAGCAGUGACAACAACCAGGAGUAACAGGAGGAAGAGGGGAACGGCAGAAGACAGGAAAGGGGGCCUGGCAGCUCUGAGGGACAGCCUCCAGACAAACCCCGGUGUGUGCCACUCUUUGGUUACAGGCACACACCUUUAGAGGGAAUCUUGGUUGGUGCUCUUUUGGACGAAGGCUUCAGAGCAGUUUAGCUGGACGGGGAGCUGUCUGUAGUCGGAGCGAAUCUGCUGGGAAGGCUUCAGGUCUAACUCCUUUUUGCCCCUUUGUUGAGAGUUCUGAGAACAAAAUGAGUUUACAGCAUACAUGCCUUUAAUGAAAGUACUCUGCUGGACCUUAAUUCCUCUUUUUAACUGUAUUUCAAAGAGCAUCUUCUAAUCUGUGAUUGCAUCAGACUUCAAGUUAAUGAAGGUCGGUGGCCUCUGUAGGGAAAGAGCACAAAGAGUCUUUGAAUCUUCCCCUCCAGCCGGUGAGGGAUCCUGACGGUGAGAGAGAGGCUAUAAGGGAGUGGCUGAAGGUGGUUCUUCUUACGUUGUCAGGUAGCCGUCGCCUCCAAGCAGGCCGCCCCUCUAUGUACAGGACCUUCCAGCCACACCCACCCAAAUCCUGUAUGGACGUGUGCGGCUACCAAAGGAGGCCGUGGAAGGUUGCCCUCUGCCAUGUCUUCUCGGUGCUCAUGGUGGGCUUGCCGCUUGUCCUCUUUCACUGGAAGCCACGGUUCGAAGUCCAGGCCAAAUGCAGCCGUUGCCCACUUCGGAAGGCCGAUUGGGUGGUGAUCAGAGAUCCCUUUGGUCAGUAUUUCACAGCCAGGGUCCAAACAGAGGAGAUGGAGGAAGGCAGCCUUGAGCACCAAAGAGAUGACGGAAGAGGCAGCGUUGCUGUUGGAGUGACAGAUGAUGGCGAGGAAACCCGAGACACUGUUGGGCUCCACCAGGAGGCAAAAAACAUCCUUCGAUACUAUCUCUUUGAAGGUUUGCGCUACAUCUGGAUUGAGAAAUGGCAGGUGUUUUGCAAGGCCAGUGUGUUAAAUGAUAACUGGACAUGUUCAGAUAUCCACCUCUCGCACUGUGGGCUGAGUAUCGAAGAACAGGUUGCACGGAGAAAGCUCUAUGGACCAAAUUUAAUUGAUGUCCCAGUGAAGCCUUACAUCCAGCUGCUGAGGGAUGAGAUUUUGAACCCAUUCUACAUCUUCCAGAUAUUCAGUAUCAUCCUGUGGUUGUGUGAAGAAUACUACUCCUAUGCCAGUUGCAUCUUGGUCAUCUCCGCCUUCUCCAUAGGGAUCUCUCUCUACCAGACAAGGAAGCAAACGGUCACUCUAAGGAACAUGGUGAAGAUGUCUGUCUGUGUGAGGAUCUGCAGAGCUCCCGGGGAGGAAGUGUCGGUGAGUUCCAUAGACCUUGUGCCUGGUGACUGCUUUGUGGUGCCCGUGGAUGGGUUGCUGGUUCCUUGCGAUGCCGUCUUGAUCUCCGGUGAAUGCCUGGUCAACGAAAGCAUGCUUACUGGAGAGAGCGUGCCACUGACGAAGACCCCUCUGCCCAAAGGCGCCCCGGCAGCCAGCCCCGUCUACUCCCCUGAGGAGCACAAGCGCCACACCCUCUUCUGUGGGACUCAGGUCCUCCAGGCCCGCUCCUACCUAGGUGCUGAGGUGCUGGCCGUGGUAACUCAGACAGGCUUCUUCACAGCUAAAGGAGACCUCAUCAGCUCUAUGCUUUUCCCCAAGCCAGUGCAUUUUAAAUUUUAUAAGGAUGCAGGGAAGUUUGUUGCCUUCCUUGCAAUCUUGGCUGCUCUUGGUACUACCUACAGCAUUAUCAUCUUAAUUAAAAACAAGGUUCCCCUUGGGCAGAUUAUCACCCGCGCCUUGGACAUUGUGACCGUGGUGGUGCCUCCUGCUUUGCCGGCUGCAAUGACCGUUGGCGCCAUCUACGCCCAGACACGCCUGAAGCAGGAUGGCAUCUUCUGCAUCAGCCCUCCCCGGAUCAACCUUUCUGGGAAAGUUCACCUGGUCUGCUUUGAUAAGACAGGGACCCUAACGGAGGACGGACUGGAUGUCUGGGGCGUCGUCCCCCAGGAUAAUAACUGCUUCCUCCCCCUCGUCUGUGAGCCGUACGGCCUGGCACCGGGGCCCCUCCUCCAUUGCCUGGCCUCCUGCCACUCCAUCUCCCUGCUUGGGGGUCAGCCUGUUGGGGACCCUCUUGACCUCAAGAUGCUGGAAUCCACUGGAUGGACCCAGGAGGAGAUUGAAGAUCCAGAAGGGGAGGCAGGAGUGGCCCAGCUUUUUGGGACAAGAGCCCAGGUCUUGAUGAAGCCCCCAGAGCAGGAAAAGGAGCCUCACAGCAGGGACUCCCCACGACCCCUGGCUGUUCUGCGCCGCUUCGCCUUUUCCUCCUCCCUUCAAAGAAUGAGCGUGCUGGUGAGACCCCCAGGCGAUGGCCCCACGGAGGCCUACAUGAAAGGAGCCCCAGAGACGGUGGCCAGUCUCUGCAAGCAAGCAUCAGUCCCUGCAGAUUUCUCCCCGACCCUGCGACGUUUUACCAGUGACGGGUUCCGUGUUCUGGGCCUGGCCCACAAGAUCUUGGCUGCCACCAGGACUUUCGAAGAUGCCCAGGAAGCAACAAGGGACUCUGUGGAGUGUGAGAUGACCUUCCUUGGGCUUCUGGUGAUGAAAAACGUCCUCAAAUCAGAAACGGCUCCUGUGAUCCACUUGCUGCGCAGCGCUCAGAUCCGGACAGUCAUGGUCACAGGGGACAACAUGCUCACUGCUGUGAACGUGGCCAAGAGCAGCCGGAUGGUGGAGGUGGAGGAGCAGGUGGUCUUUGCCAAUGCAGCCCCUCCUGGCCAGGGUCAGCCGGCGGCACUCAAGUUCAUCCCUGCUGAGCCGCCAGAGGAGUCAUACCAGCGGGAAGGCGGCUGCUUCCCAAAGCAGAACGGGUGCCACUUCGCCUUGAAUGGAAAGUCCUUCGCUGUGCUUUGUGAGCACUUCCCAGAACUCCUGCCGAAGAUACUAGUCCGGGCCACCAUUUUUGCCCGGAUGCUUCCUGAUCAAAAAACACUCUUAGUUCAGAAAUUGCAAGACUUGAGCUACUGUGUGGCCAUGUGUGGAGACGGUGCCAACGACUGUGGGGCACUGAAAGCGGCUGAUGUGGGGAUCUCCCUCUCCGAAGCGGAGGCCUCUGUCGCAUCCCCCUUCACUUCCAAAACAGCCAACAUUGAGUGUGUCCCAGUCAUCCUACGGGAAGGGAGAUGUUCCUUGGUCACCUCUUUUGGAGUUUUCAAGUACAUGGCCCUCUACAGCCUUGUCCAGUUUGUCUCGGUGCUCCUACUCUAUACGAUUAACACCAACCUCGGCGAUCUGCAGUUCUUAUUCUUCGACCUGAUCAUCACGACCACCGUGGCUGCCCUGAUGGGCAAGACGGCCCCCGCGAAGCACCUGGGCCCCCAGCGCCCACAAGGCGCUCUCCUCAGCGUGGUUGUCCUGGGCAGCCUUCUCCUGCAGACGGGGCUCAUCAUUGCCAUCCAGGUCAUCAGCUACUUCAUCACCGUCUCCCAGUCCUGGUAUGUUCCACUCAACAAGACGGUGACAGCCCCUCACAACCUCCCCAAUUAUGAAAACACCGUACUGUUCUGCAUCUCAGGAUUUCAGUAUCUCACCCUAGCUGUGGCCAUGUCAAAAGGCCACCCCUUCCGCAAGCCACUCUACACAAAUGUGGUGUUCUUAAUCGCCUUGAUACUUCUUUUUGGCCUCAUGAUCUGGCUCACCCUCUACCCACUGAGUUUCAUGAAAAGCUGGUUACAACUGAAGGACAUCAGUGACCUCAACUUCAAGGCGAUCUUGCUUGGGAUGGCCACGCUCCACUUCUUCUUGGCCUUUGUGCUGGAGACUGGUUUGGACCAUGGCCUGCUCAGCAGUUUACGGGCGCUGCGGCGUAAGAGGUCACCCAAGAAGCUCUUCAAGAGGCUGGAACGAGAGUUGAGCCACCAGCAGCCCCCUUGGCCACCCUUCCAUGAAGCCCUCUUUGCCAACAGCAAAAUUUCCAUUGCUUCCAGAUGAUCACAAACCACACCACUGCCCGGCUCUGUUCCCGCUCUGUGUGAACUCCAGGGACUCUUGAGCCUGCAUGACAUGCAUCUUUCCUCUAACUCUGGCUACUUAAAUUAUUUCCACCAGAAGCCGUGCUGGCCAUUGUGGCUUCUUAGCUCUGCAAGCCAGAGGCCCUGAUGAUACCAGCAGGCCUGGUGAAAGCCGGGGGUCCACUCCCCUCCACCCUUCGGGAUAUGGAUUGUGCGCGCUCCCAUUGCUCAUUUCCCCUGCAUGACGGCCAAAAGGCACUCUCCUCCCCAUGGGAGAGCCAGAGGGGACAGAAAUCUGCCAUAGCAAAACUCCUGGCCUACAGCCCUCCAGCCUUCUCACCAUCACAUUAUGGGUGUGGAAGAAACUGGCCAAUUCUGUCCUCUUUGUAAUGUUGGAGAGGGGGCUGGUUGGUAGGUGUUGGGAGCCUCUUUCCAUUCCUGUGCAGAGGCAGGGGAGGUGCUGAUGGUAGGUGCAGAAUGUGAACCUACUGUAGGGAUGGCCAUUCUCGUCUUGGCUUUGGGGAUGGGCCUCCUGACUCUCCACCAGGUUCUGGAAGAUUUGGCAGCCUUUAGAGAUCAUUCCAAGUUCAACAAAGCUGCCCCAAUUCUCCCUUGAGCGUGGGGAUGCUCCUUGCCUGCUUUGGGUCUCUCUAGAGCCACAUCCGUGGGAGCGUCAGUUGGUUCAGCGUGGCAGCUUUGGCAGGUGACUGAUGGAUCCUUUCCCAACUAUGGCUGUCCCCAGACGUCCCCCACUCAGCGUGAUCAAGAGCUUGUGAAUUGUGUUUCUGGAUCUGAGGCAGGCCCGAGUCCCCUGUACCUCUUCCAGGUGAUCUGGAGGGGAGUGUGCCGGUUUCAUGUUGCACCCAAUGCACUGUCAAGAGUGAAAAGAAAAAUGGGCGCUGCUUCAUGACAUCUGGGUCCAAUCUGGAAAGCAACCAGCGGGGAAUCCGUGCUCGUUGCAUCCAGGCCUGGCUUGCUGGAGUGCCUGCUCUUUUCCAGCUCUGCGGCUUUUUGUCCAUGCAUUCCUGAAGUGUGUCGUCACUUUCUGAAGGCAUGGAUGCUGUAGGUGCCACACAGCAACUUCUGCACACAGACCAUUUUUUUUAUUUAAAUGGAACAUAAACUUGAAUAGUUUUACUUGUCCACUUUGAUUCCGAUUUGCAACCAGCUCUGUUUUUUUCCGGGAGUCCACCAACAUCAGCAUAAGCAGCUGAUUGCAGGGAAAGGGGCCUGUGGAUGGGGAAAAAAUUGCCACAACUGAACCACAUCUGAGUGCCAUUUCCUAAUCUCCCUUUCACCCCUCUCACAAACCGGCCCAGAAAAGAUCAUUUAUGUGAAAACUGCCCAUGUGAUGAAAGACAAAUGAGUGCCCUUUCUCGUCUUUUAAGAUUCAGGAUAUGAUUUCCCCUUUCAUAAUGCUUUUUAAUGAUUUUACGUAGCUCUAUUAAUCCUUUUCAGCCCUCCUUGUGAGACAAAUGUAACAGCACCUGUAAUGUUUCAAAACAGCAGCUGUACAAAUAAAAAAAA